CCACACUCUACUUCCAAUUCUUGUGUGCUAAAGUUCACUUAACACAAACAAGACCUGAAGUCUUCUACGGGUGCACUGUGGUGGACAACAGCAAGAAAAAAACACCUGAGAUCAGUGCUUGGACGAUGCAGAAGUGAAAGUGGGAGGUCCCUCUGAGACAAGCAGCGUGAUGGCGGUCAAGAAGGUGCGGCGGAGGAUCGUAUCCAAAGACGGACACAACCAGGUCCACAUCGACAACGUGGAGGGCAUGGUCAAGCUGUACCUCCACGACAUCUGGACCACGGUGGUGGACAUGAAGUGGCGCUACAAGCUCACUCUGUUCGCCUCCACCUUCGUCUUGACGUGGUUCAUCUUCGGCGUGCUCUUCUACUUCAUCAGCAUGGGCAAUGGGGACUUGGAGGCCACGCUGCCCUCCAACCACACGCCGUGUCUGGAGAACGUCAAGACCUUCACCGGCGCCUUCCUCUUCUCGCUGGAAUCGCAGACCACCAUCGGGUACGGCUUCCGCUACAUCACGGAGGACUGCCCGCUGGCCAUCUUCACGCUGGUGGCCCAGCUGGUCAUCACGGGUCUGGCCGAGAUCUUCGUCACCGGAGCCUUCCUGGCCAAGCUGGCCCGGCCCAAGAAGCGGGCGGAGACCAUCAAGUUCAGCCAGUCGGCGGUGGUGUGCCGCCACCAGGGCCAGCUGUGCCUGAUGGUGAGGGUGGCCAACAUGAGGAAGAGCCUGCUGAUCCAGUGCCAGGUCACAGGGAAGCUCCUGCACUCCAACGUCACCCAGGAGGGCGAGAAGACUCAGGUGCACCAAACCUCGCUGGACUUCUUCAUGGACUCGAGCAGCGAGUGCCCCUUCCUCAUCCUGCCGCUCACCUUCUACCACAUUCUGGACGAGCGCAGCCCGCUGGCGGACUUGACCGCCGACAACCUGCAGAGUCGAGACUUCGAGCUGCUGGUGACCCUCAACGCCACCAUGGAGUCCACCGCCGCCACGUGCCAGAGCCGCACGUCCUACAUCCCCCAGGAGAUUCUGUGGGGCUACGAGUUCAAGCCUGUGCUCUUCAGCACCCCCAGUGGCCGCUACGUGGCCGAUUUCAACUUCUUCGAUAAAAUGCAAGCGAGCGGCGAAGCCACCUUCCUCAACAACGCCGAGAAGCUAAAACUGGAGGAGGACUACAAGAAAUAGGGACUGAUGCUACGCCAGUUGAGGUCUAAAGGCUGGAAUGUACUCUGGCAUCACGUAGCUUGUGUGCCUUCUGGUUCGUUUAUAGCUCUUCUGCCGGAGCUGGCAAUUCUCUUGUGGACUAGCCUCCUCAAAGAGAGAGCUUCCUGUGUGUAGUCGUGGUUGUAGUAAACAAUGGCGUCUGAAGUGACAUCCAUUGGAGCUGGAACCUUUUGAAACAACGGUCAGUUUUAAUUUAUACAUUGCUUCGAAACCGGAAGAGAAGAUGUUUGCCAAGGUGAGCUGUGCAACCCCUGAACGAGUCGGGGUAAUCUUUGUAGUUUGGCGAAGAAGUCUUGUAUAAAUGCUAAUAUUUGUGAAUUUCCUCAAUUAAACGCCCCUCGAUUUGCUCUAUUGUUUCUAUAAAGGGA